CUCAAGCGGAAGUGUUUUCCUGCCGGGGGAAACUCGAGCGGCGUGUUCUGCGUUUCGUAGCCGUCAUGGCUGCGCACAGCUCCAACUUCAUUCGCCUGCGCCUCCACUUUGACUACCCGCCGCCGGCUGUCGUCGACUGCCGCAUGUGCUGGCUGCUCGUGGACCUGAACAAGUGUCGCGUGGUCGCGGACCUGGAGAGCAUCAUCAGGGAGAAGUUUGAGUUCAGCCGCGGGAGCAUCCUCAGCCUGUUCCUGGAGGACUGCUACCUGCCGCACACGGAGAGCAUCUACGUGGUGCGGGACAACGACAGCAUCAGGGUGAAGGUCGAUUGUGUAGCUCAGGUGAACGGACACGACAGCCGCCUGAGUGCACGGACCAAAAACUGUAGAAAAAGACACAGAGUCGCGGAGGAAGAUGGGCCCGAUGAACGCGAAGUGAGCGUGGAACGGAAGAAAAAGAAGAAGAAAAGAAGCGAGGAGAGCCCGGCGGAGGGUGCCGAGCGGGUGCCGUGCCACGACGGAGGCAAGUCACGAGUGAAGCACGCAGAGAAGAAGAAGAAGAAAAAGAAGAAGAAGGAUGCGGAGGAAAAGUCUCCUGCUGCCACUCCAGAUCCAGCUCCUUCUCCCAAAAAACCCCAAAAGGCUUCAGUUAAAAGCAGCAAGAAUCCCCAAGUGGCACAAGCAAAAGCACCGAAAGCCUCCUCCUCAGACUCCAGCAGCAGCAGUGAGGAAGAUAAAGCUCCCAAAAAACCUGCAGCCAAAAAACUCCCAUCCACGCCGACCGCUCCCAAGGCCGCCUUAAACGCCAAACCGGCUCUGAAAAAACCAAACCCUCCUUCGUCGUCAUCUUCCGACUCCUCGUCCUCCAAUGAGGCCACCAGUGUGAAAAUCCAGCCGCCAAAAAAUAAACCUCUCAACGCUCCUGAAGCACCUUCGGUCUCGUUGCAGCCCACGAACUGUGCUCAGAAACCGGCUGGCAGCGCCGUCCCGCCUCCCCGGGACAAAGAGGCCGAGUCCGACGACUCAGACAGCGAAGAGGAGAUCCAGCUCGUCAUCAAGCGGCCGCUGGCGCAGCCCGUCCUGGGAGGUCAGUUCCCUUGGCGUGGCCGCGGAAGAGGAAACCCCAGGUGGGGCGGUGCUGGUGGAGGUGGCGGUGGCCCUCCUGGAGAGAGGGGCAGGGGUGCAGGCAGAGGGAGAGUCAGAGGGAACGGUGGCGGCUUUGAGCCCUGCUAUAAUGGAACCAGGGAGUCGUCCUACCACACAGAUACGCUGACCAACAAGUCAGCGAUCUUCCAGAAUAAACCUGAAAGCGCUCCAAAACCGGACUACAGCUCCAUGCCCCUCUUAGCUGCCCCUCCACAGGUGGGGCAGAAGAUUGCGUUCAAGCUGCUGGAGCUGACUGAGAACUACACCCCAGAGGUGUCUGAAUAUAAGGAGGGAAAGAUGAUGAGCUUUGACCCAACCACCAAACAGAUUGAGAUUGAACUUCUUAAUGCCUGUCAAGCUCCUGUAGAACCUGGCAAGUUUGACUUAGUCUAUCAGAACCCAGACGGCUCAGAGAGCGUGGAGUACACUGUGUCCAGAGGAUCUUGGGUGACAGAACGAUGGGAGUCUCUGCUGGAACCAAGAUUGAUUAUUUAAAUACGACCAAAAAUGUGAAUUUGGACUUUGGACAAGAGUUUCUACAUAGAAUGAUAAAUUUUUACUUUUAGAUUGGAUGGGAAUUUUUAAUGUGUUGGUUUUAUGUUCUGUACAGAUGUGGGACUGCGAUCAGUCUUGUAAUAACUUUUUUGCUAAUAAAACACUGAAAUCUA